GGUUUCGGCUUUGUUACGAUGCAGUGUUCUGAAGACGCCGAAAAGGCGCGGUCGAGUCUUAACGGUUCGAUCAUCGAGGGACGCAAAGUUGAGAUCGUCAGCCGGCGUGUGUACUGCAGCAAAUUGGACGACGACUACCGGUUGGCAGCGGCGGUUCUUCUGAUCCGCUGUGUUGGUCUGGUGAUCCUCAUCUACGUGUCGUCACGCCUCAUUUCGUGGUGGUGGUGGUGGUGGUCUUCGACUCCUCUCUCGCCUCCGUCGCUAUUUAGGUGA